AUCAUCGGCGCGUGGCGACCAGUCAUAAAACUAGGCCCCGGCUAGCUUCUUACCUAGAUCAGCUUGGUGGAUCGUACCCUUGGACCGGGUUGCCUGGGAUCUGCCUAGGACCUGUCUGGAUCUGCCUACCUCUCUGCCUUGAUAAUAGUGUAGGUAUCUUGCGUCUAACGUCUAUUCCUUCUCACCUCCUAAGCCGGUGUUUUCUUUGCUUCGAGUAGUUGUCGUGUCCGUUCGCUAUGAGGUUCCUUUCAGCUCUCGCUACCGCGUCCAUCGCGUCUAUCGCGGUGGCUACCGACAAUACAAAUUCCCCAAAAGUCAUCCCCGUCAGCUUUGGCAGAUCGACGAACAGACAGCCCGCGCUCCAUAGACGUGCCGGUACCUAUUCGCAAGAACUGAACAACAACUUAACCGGUGGUGGUUACUACGCUCAAGUCACCGUGGGAACACCUCCUCAAACUGUCGACUUAGUUGUCGAUACUGGGAGUAGCGAUGUCUGGAUAUUAGAUAGCCGCGCGAACCUCUGUCGUUCCAAGACAAUGCAGAACUACUACGGAUACUGUUUAUCCACGUAUGAUCCUUCUAAGAGUUCGACCUACUCUAUCGUUUCUCAAGACGAAUUCAGCAUUCGCUAUGUCGACGGUUCAGGGGCCGAAGGCGACUACAUUCGGGACACCUUCAGCAUUGGUGGAGCUGACAUCAAAAAAUUACAGAUGGGCCUAGCCGAGAAUUCCACCAUUAACUCAGGCCUUUUGGGUAUAGGGUUCGCUGCUAACGUUGCCUCCCGGACGCCGUAUCCAAACAUUAUGAGUUUGUUUGAAGAUCAAGAUCUGAUUGCUAUCCAAGCUUAUAGCUUGUAUCUGGAUGAUCUAUACGCCGAGACUGGAACAAUCCUAUUUGGCGGCUUAGAUACUCAGAAAUUUAUCGGCAAGCUUAAGAUCGUCGAUAUUGAACCGGACCGCACCGGCAAUUACUCCUCCUUCACCGUCCCGCUCUCAUCUUUGACCACGACCGCCGACAAUGGCACAAUAACUAACUACACCCGAUCUACCGUCUCGGUCAUCCUCGAUUCAGGUACUACUCUGACUUAUGUUCCCUACACUAUGGCGAACCGCAUCUUUCGCGCCUUUGGUGCCGUAGACGACACCUCUGGAACAGGACUUGUCUACAUUAACUGCGAACAUCUGGACAACAAGAAUUUCACUUUUGAUUUCCAGUUCGGCGGCAAUGACGGCCCUAUCAUCCAGGUCCCCAUUGAUGAGAUGGUCUUGGAUAAUGUAAAGCAAUACAUCGAACUGGGACUAGAUGUACCGUCUCUACCUUUCGAUAAUGUCUGCAGUUUUGGUCUGCAGGGGAGUUCGGACUAUUAUCUGCUAGGUGAUACGUUCUUACGUUCUGCCUACGUAGUCUACGACCUUACCAACAAGAAGAUCGGUCUCGCUCAGGCCAAUCUUAAUAGCACUGAGAGUAAAAUUGUGGAGAUCACCAAGUCUGGUAUUCCCGACGCUAGUGGUGUCGCUUCCCAGGUCAUCGCAACACAGACAGCUGGGAGUGGUAAUUCGUCUUCCGGGACCUCUUCAGACACGCCUGGUAGUGAGACCAGUGAGGGAGCCAGUUCUAGAGUUGUGCCUGCACCCAGCUGGGAGGUUCUAGUUAUGGUCAGUAUGGCAAGUCUGAGCGGCUUAAUGGGUGCUGGGCUAGUCAUGUUAUAGACGGGAUAAUUAAUUACCACAACACGGCAAAACAUACUUUAUCUACCUAGGUAUAGAGAUUUGCUUAGAGGAACAGAGGCUUGAUGAGCGUUGAACCUAGCAGAAGUCAUGAUACCCCAGAGAUGUGUAGAAACAGACGGGUUCACGUUGUACUAUAGACUUUCUUACAUAGGUACUCUUAAACGAGUAUCUUUAUUUUUGCCCUUAACAGUGUUGACGCCGAGAUGGUGACUUCCUGUAUAUACAUAAUAAUAGGUUGAGCGAUGAAAUAUAUAUUAAUUGACCAGAGCUGUAAUGAGGCUCAUACUCCAUUCCCAUG